AUGUCUCAACCAUCUUAUAACCAUUUACCUCAAGAACUUAAAAACCACUAUAUUAUUCAAAGACACGGUUUCUCCUUGGCUAACAAUGCAAAACUAAUCUGCUCUAAUCCCGAUAUUGCCAUUCCUCCCACUGGUGGUCCUUUAGGUACUGGUUAUGGACUCCAUGAAAAGGGCAAAGUUCAAGUCAAAGAGGUAAACAACUAG